AUGAUGAUCAAGCAAAAAACUAAAAAUCACUCGAAGCAUGGAACAUCGAUCUCAAGUACCAUUAAUUAUGACAAACCUGAAGUAAACUUAUUGACACAAGGAUCUCAGCCAUAGCCAAAGAAGCUUGUAAACAAAAAUACAAGGUCAAAACCUAAUAUUAAAAAGCAGGGUGCUGGAACUGGAUUAACUACAAUAGAGGUUGAUUUGAGAACUAAAAUAAAUGAUAAUACCAAUCUAACAUCCAGGAAAAAUACUGUUUAUCAAUACUCACUUGAAUAAACACCUCUUUUCAACUAAAAUUAGCUGCUGUCAAAGCAAGGGAGUUAAAAUUCAGACUAUAAACCUAUGGCGACUGAGGAGAAAGUAGAGAAAAUUAUCUAGGUAGAAAAAUUGAAGCAUUCAUCUUAGAGUAUUUCAUCUAAUGGUGGGGGAGCCACAGCAAGGAAAAAGGAAAGCAUGAGAAUCUUUAAAAGUACUCAUAAUGCCCCAGGCACUUUAAAAAGCUUUACUAAUUCCAAUUAGCAUCAGCAUCUUGAUUUAAGUCCAAUUGCAACCACUAACUAAAAUGGUAUAAAUAAUUAGAAUUUCAGUGGAAGCAAUCUGGCAGCAAUGAACAACACGCAUACUUAAAUUAAUACAUAUACCCAUUCAGAAGAAAAUUAUGCUAAUAAUAGCAGUAGUGAUCAAAGGUAGGCUAGUGAGGCGAGCUCAAGAGAUAGUGAUAUUGUCAUGGUCUAUAACUAGGAUAUAUUUCAUAACUAAAAUAACUCUGUGACAAGUAACAAGGUUCAGGUGAAUCUAGAUAAUACAGAUCACCGUAGUUAUCAAAGCUAAAAUUAAGAUCUCCUUAGAUUAAUUACCCAACAGAGAAAAUUAUCAAAUGAUAACACAUCUAAUACUUAUAAGUAGUUUUAGAGUACCAAUGCUGGCUCAAUUACAUCCAAGAGUAUCAGAAACAAUAUGAAUCCAAAUCAAAUGACCUCACCUUAGAGUAUGGACAAAAGUAAUCAGUCAGUUUAUCUGAUGAAUCAUCUCAGUCCACACUCGAGCUUUAAGUAAUUGACAGCUUCUACUACUACUAACAAAACUAAUUAAAACACAGUAACUAAUAAUGAUAACACUAUUCAGCUUAAUAAUAGCUUAGGUAACGGAUAAUAGUCAGAAAUUACACAAUAAAUUGUAUAUCCUUAAUUGAUUACUGUUUCUGGUGGCUAAAUUUCUAAUUUUGCAUAUCAUGCAUCUUCUCCUUAACCUUAACGCAGAGGCACUGCUAUGAUAAGUGCAAAGGAACCAUCAAUUUAAAAGAACCCUACAAUUACUUUUAACUAGUCCCAGAGAAAUAUUGGAAAUGAAAUUAUUGUUCAGUAAAAUCUUACAAAUACAGUAUCGCAUCAAAAAAAUUAAUCUUAACAGAAUGUGUCUUCCUCAGUAGGAUUAGAGUCUUAAAGGAAAAAGAUGUAUAAUAAUAGUAAUGUGAGCUUGAAUGUAAAUCCUAAAACAUCUCAGGUUUUCAGCACAUUUGGUCAUAACAAUUAAAAGCAUCAGUAGAAUUAGCACAACAACCAGCUUUCUAUCUAAAGUAGCACUAGUAACUACUAUAAUGGGACAAAGCUUGCCUUGUUUAGUGAUAGGCAGUAGCAAACAGCUAAAAAUCAACCUAAUAAAUAAACUCUGUCGCAGAAUUUUUCGAACUACGGUAACCUGAAAUAAAAAUCAGAUAUCAUAGGCAGAGAGAUCGCCGUCUAAUCAUUCAGAGAUAAAGAUCACAAUAAGCCUAAUGUUCUCUAGAAAACGGAUAGCAAUCCUUUCGAGGUAAAUGAUACUCUGGUGGAGCAAGAUUUAAUUUAGAAAAUGCAGCAAAAGUAGUAAUAAAAAUUAAUACAAGAUAGAAUAUAAAGAGAACAAAUUAAAACAGUCAGAAACAAUGAUUUUAAUAACAAAAGAGUAUUGGUUAAUAGCUCAUAUAAUGGCAACCUAUCAAGCCAGCUUUAAAACUUAGCAAUAAAUUCAGAGAAGAGGCUUGACUAGACAGUGAGUGAAUAGUAGCACAUAGUAUUCAGAACUAAAUUCAACGACAAUAUAAGCAAUAGAAAUGCAAUCUUAACAUCGUUUGGUGGGCAAAGUAAGCCACAAGAUUUGAGCGAUAAUAGAUACAGUAAAACUAUAUAACUUGAAAAUGUAUAAGAUGAUCCUAAUGAAGAUGAAUAAGAACAAGAAGGGGGUCUAUCAAGCAAGAGAAUAUUCAAGAGUGCUGAAAGAUCGUUCAGACUAUAGAACAAUGCUGGGGAAUAUUUAUAUAAUAAUCAAAUUGGAUUUGAUAACUGGUCACCUGGAGUAGAUAGAGGAGCAAGAGAAUUUUUCCAAAAAUAGAACUCAGGUCAAGAUAGUCUAGAUACAAUGAGAAGGGGGAUUAGCAUAGCACCUGGUUCCCUGAAUAUUAGCAAGAUUGAAAAUUCAGAGAGUCUUCUCAAUAAUAGUAAUGGCUGGGUAAAACUCAACUAAUAAUAAUCAAAUGAGGAACGUGGAUUUUCCAUAAGUAACAUUAAAAAUAGUAUUUUUUCCAAGAUCUCCAAUAUCUUUUCUUAGAACUAAGAAUAAGAGCUCUAAAGACCAAAGGAACCAAAAUAUCCAUGCAAAUGUGGUGCUCAUUCAAAGUAUCCAUAUCUUUGUAAAGAGGCAUUUUCUUGGUACUCUAGAUACAACAAAACAUCUUUAGAAGAUUAUUAAAAAUUGAAAGAAUCCUAUUAGUUACUGCUCAAAGAAAAUGUUGAGAAGGAAACAGAGAAUUAGAUAUAAAGAGACCUCUGUCGUACAUUCCCCAAUCACGACUACUUUAAGGAGGGAUCAAAAGGAAUAGAGAAACUCAGGAGAGUACUAACCGCUUUUUCAAACUAUGACCAUUAAGUUGACUACGUGCAGGGAAUGAACUUCAUUGUUGCCUCACUGAUAUACCAUGCCAAUGAAGUUAUGGCAUUCUGGUUAUUUGUAUCUCUUAUUGAAGAUUGUGAACUCAGAGAUAUUUAUAUGCACGGUCUUCCAGGAUUAUUUAAGCACUCCUAAAUAAUUUAUAUUCUGAUCAUGGAAAAUCUUCAAUAAGUGCACUCUCAUUUCGUUGAGAUGUAUGCAUCUGAUUGGAUAUUUGGUUUGUUUGCUUCUGUAAUUCCUCUGGAAAAAAUGAGCGCUUUCUUCUCGAAAUUCUAUCAAUUCAAAUGGAUCUUCUUCUAUAAAUUGAUCCUCUCUAUUUUGAAGUUUCUUGAAAAAGAGUUACUCUAGGAGGAUGAACUCUGGAACAUUCUGAAUCAAAUAAAAUCCUAAACACAUUUAAAUACCGCAGCUAUUUCAGGCCAAUCAAGUGCUGUAAAAAAUUCUAAGAAAAAAAAAAGUAAACAGAGGAAUGCUUUAGAAAAUUCUUAGAAUUAUGAUGAAGAUAGUCGAUAUCGGCAGAGAGAUGGGGAUAGUAAUUCUAAUAGUAAUGGACUUAACCUUAACACUGAUGAAGACUCAGGCGAUGAAGAAUAAAGUGGAAAAGUGGUGUCAUUUUUCAAGAAGCUAUUUUAAAAAUAAGAAAUUGACAUGUGGUAAAUGCUAAUUGAGAGAAGUAUGAAGGAAUGGACUUUCAAUGAGAAUUAAAUAAAUAAACUCCUACACACAUGGGAUCCAGAGAAAAAUAUCUUUACAGAUUGA